UACAUUCUGUCAGAAUGACAUAAUCAUAAUCACAUCAUAAAAUCAUUUCAUUUCAACUUUUGGAUUGAAAAACAGAAAUUCCAGUGUUACAAAUGCCCAAGAAAAUGUCAUCCUCAUCAACACCUCCGCCAGCGUCACGAGUAUCAAUCGGGAUUGACUUGGGCACUACAUUUUCUUGUGCAGGAGUUUUUCGAGCAGGAAAAGUAGAAAUUAUACCCAAUGAUCAAGGAAAUCGCACAACACCAUCGUGCGUUGCCUUUAACGAAUCGGAGCGCUUGAUCGGCGAUGCUGCCAAGAUGCAAAUUGCACAAAAUCCAACCAAUACUAUUUAUGACGCUAAGAGAUUAAUAGGAAGACGUUUUGAUGACCCAGUGAUUCAGAACGAUAUAAAAAUGUAUCCCUUUACUGUGGUCCAAGAAGAAGGAAAGCCAAAGUUUGAAGUAACAUACCGUAACGAAACACGACGCUUCUUUGCUGAGGAAGUCUCCUCGAUGGUGCUGGGAAAAAUGAAAGAGAUAGCCGAGACAUAUCUCGGCUGCAUCGUCAGCAACGCCGUUAUCACUGUGCCAGCCUAUUUUAAUGAUUCGCAGCGACAAGCCACCAAGGAUGCGGGAACGAUUGCCGGAUUUGACGUGCAGCGCAUUAUCAACGAGCCGACAGCGGCUGCCAUCGCCUACGGUUUAGAUAAAGUCGGAGAUCCGGAGAAGAACGUGUUGAUUUUCGACAUGGGUGGUGGCACAUUUGAUGUGUCCAUCCUAAACUUAUCGGAUGGUAUCUUUGAAGUGAUGUCCACAUCGGGGGAUACUCAUCUUGGAGGUGAAGAUGUUGAUACUCGCAUGGUGCAAUAUUUUGCGGAUGAGUUUAAAAAGAAGACAAAAUUGGAUUUGAAGCAGAAUAAACGAUCACUUAGAAGACUGCAAACAGCAGCUGAAAGAUUAAAAAGAUCGCUUUCUGCAAAUACCCAGGCGACGAUUGAAAUCGACUCGCUUUACAACGGCAUCGAUUUCUAUGCAGUUGUUUCGAGGGCAAAGUUUGAAGAGAUUUGCGGUGACAUUUUUCGUGCGACGCUUCAUCCAGUUGAGAAAGCAUUGUCAGACGCUAAACUACAUAAAAACGAAAUUCAUGAAAUCGUUUUGGUCGGGGGAUCAACAAGAAUACCAAAAAUUCAAGAUUUGUUAAUUAAAAUGUUUAACGGUAAAUCGUUAAAUAAAAGCAUAAAUCCUGAUGAAGCUGUGGCAUAUGGUGCUGCAGUACAAGCCGCCAUCUUGUCUGGAGACCAUUCUGAGACUGUGAAAGAUGUUUUACUGCUUGAUGUUACCCCACUUUCGUUGGGAAUCGAAACUGUGGGUGGUAUGAUGUCUAUUUUAAUAGACAGAAACUCAACAAUACCAAGAAGAGAAACAAAAACAUUUUCAACGUAUGCUGAUGGUCAAUCAACAGUGUUGAUUCAAAUUUUCGAAGGAGAACGCGUCCUGACCCAGGAUAACAACUUAUUGGGAAAGUUUGAAUUGACUGGAAUUCCAGCACUCCCAAGAGGAACACCUCAAAUUGAAGUUUCCUUUGAUAUUGACACCAAUGGUAUCCUGAGUGUAAGCGCUUUAGAAACCACUUCAAGAAAACAUAAGAAAAUCGUGAUAACAAAUGACAGAGGACGGUUAACAAAAGAACAAAUCGAGAAGAUGGUGAGCGAAGCUGAACAGUUCCGUAUUGAUGAUGACAUUGCUCGUGAACGCGUCGAGAAGAAGAAUCUACUGCAAGAAUACAUUAUGCAGAUCAAAACAUUUAUUAGUGAGGAAUUAUCGCAAAAUCACUUGAAUCCCACCGAAUUGGAUUUCCUAGAGGAGCGAACCAACGAAGCGCUCCAGUGGAUUGAGGAGAAUCAGACCGCGUCGCCCGAUGAGUUCGAAUCGCGACGGCUGGCGCUGGAGGCAUCGUGUACGCCGUUUCUACUACGAUUGUUUGCGGCCGGCUUGUUUCCCACAACGACGCCAAUCACGGAGCGGCGGUUUGCUGCGGGGGCACCUGGCGUCGCCGCGGUCGCCGUCAAUAAGACACCGUCGAAGGAGUCAGAGGAGCGCGGACCGAAGAUUGAUGAUAGUGAUUGAUUGCCGAUUUGCCGCGGCGUUUGCCGCUGGCGUGUGUGUGAGUUACCACACGAAGUGAUUUGUUAUUGGUUUGUUCAUUACCGGGCUCUAAUUUCGCAUUCCACAAUUAAAAUUAAUCAUCAUUUCAUUGUA